CAACGAGGCAAUGACGAAGACCUGGAUCAGGCUAUCGCACUUCACAGGGAAGUGCUGGCUUUGCGCCCGGUCGGUCACCCAGAUCGGUCCAUGUCAUUAAAUAACCUUGCCGGUCAACUCUCCUUCUGCUUCUCGCACCAAGGCAAUGACAAAGACUUGUAUCAGGCCAUCACACUUCAGAGGGAAGCGCUGGCUGUGCACCUGGUUGGUCACACAGAUUGGUCCUUGUCAUUAAAUGACCUUGGGAAUCAACUCUCCUCCUGCUUUCAGCACCGAGGCAAUAGAGAAGACCUCGACGAGUCAUGA